AUGGAAGCCGGGAAAUGCAGCAAAAUCCGGUGCAUUGUCAGGCUGCGCCAGAUGCUACGACGGUGGCGCAAUAAGGCACGCAUGUCCUCGGCGAACGGCGUUCCGUUGGAUGUCCCGCCUGGCCACGUGGCGGUCCGGGUCGGCAGAGACUGUGUUAGGAGGCAUGUGAUGAAGGCCAGCUACCUGAACCACCCUUUCUUCAAUAAGCUACUGAGUCAAGUGGAGGAGGAGUACGGAUUCUCCAACACCGGACCGCUCUCCAUUCCAUGCGACGAAGAAACCUUCCAAGAAGUUCUCCGGUUUGUUUCCAGGGCUGACUCUGGCAAAUCGGCCCGGUUCCGUAACCUCGACGAGUUUCACAGGUAUUGCCAUGAGGGUUUGAGGAACAACCUCGAAGUCUGGCAAGAAUGUCGACCGCUGCUUCAUGGGUUCACUUCUGCUCAAUGAUUCGAAAAGGGAAGGGUUCGAUUCUGAGAUCCAUGGACUUCUUUCGCGAGGCGAAUUUCGUGAUCUGGAAUUAGAUCCAGUGAGUAGCAGGAGCUGAGCAAGCUUGUCAGGGCAAAGCAAAGCCGGUGCCGGCGGGUGGAACUGUGGGUUUUAUGAGGGCCAUCGGAGUUUCCGAUUGCAAGCUCGUUCGAAAUUUUUUCGGAACGGAACAACUGACAAUGUUUGGAGAUCCUCAGACCCAUUGUCUUUGAUCGGAAUUCUUGUGGAGCCUCCCGCUCGCCAAGGAACUCGAGUGCUCGAUUCACAAUAGCUAAUCACUGUAAUGAGCCCCAGAACGGCGAGGAGAUAAAGAUUAAAGAGGCACGAGUUAUCUUUACAACAGCUAAUUCUCUGGGGCGAACAUCAAUGACGCUAUUUUUGUAAAUAUCAUUUUUUUUGGAGGAAAUUUUAUUGAUGAUGAGAAUCAGUUAAACUGUAGAUAAAUUUGAAUUUUCAAGUCUUUAAACCAUGGGCAAUGGCUUCAUUUCA